ACUACGCUACUGUGGUUGUCACUUCUCCUGCGCGGUGUCUCGUUAGCAAGCUAAUGGACUUCAUAGGGCAAUGUUAAGUUACGUUACCUCGCAGAGAGUCGAUAUCAGAUCACCGAUUUUAUUAUUUUAUUUGUGGUGUAUCGUGUACACUUUUAUUUUGAUAGCUAAUUUAUGUAUUUAAGACGUCGACAUGGCUUCUUCGGGAUAUAAUAACUGCAACCACAGCGGCUCAGUCUCAGAGAAGGACAAGUUGUUGACAUCCGUUGCACACUAUGGCUCCAAUGAUCUCAGCGAUGAGCUCGGGACCCCCCGGCCGACCCCGCCCCCAGGCUGGGUGGGGAUGGAGCAGGAAGAGGAGGAGUUGCGACUGAAGCUGAAGUACUUCUUCAUGAGCCCCUGCGACAAGUUCCACGCCAAGGGACGCAAGCCCUUCAAACUGGGGCUCCAGAUACUGAAGAUCAUCAUCGUUACUGUGCAGCUGGUACUGUUUGGACUCAGUAACCAAAUGGUGGUCACGUUCAAGGAGGAGAACACUGUUUGUUUUAAGCACCUCUUCCUCAAAGACUAUGACGAGGGCUCCGAUGACACGUUUGCUGUCUACACGCAGAGUGAUGUCUACAGCCACAUCCACUACGCCAUAGACCAGUACUUGGCAUUGCCAGAGACCACAGUGGGACGCUAUGCGUACGUCUUUGGAGUUGGAGUGAAUGGGAGUGCCCUCUCCCUGUGUCAGCAGUACUAUAAGAAGGGCCGCAUCGACCCAGCCAACGACACCUUCAACAUUGACCCACAUGUUGUCACAGACUGUAUUGGUGUGAAUCCCCUGGCCGUCCAUCCGUCAUCCUUGUCGGGGGACUACAAGAACUUCACCCUAAAGUUCCACAAGCUUAUUAAUGUGACCAUCCAGUUCCAGCUAAAGGCCAUUAACAUCCAGACCAUAAUAAACAAUGAGAUCCCCGAUUGCUACACCUUCAUCAUCACGAUUGUCCUGGAUAACAAGGCUCACAGCGGUAAAGUAAAGAUCAGCCUGGACAACCAGGCCUCGAUCAAGGAGUGCAAAGACCCCAGUGUGUCUGGACACGCGGAGAACUACGCGCGGCUGACGUUCGACUCGAUGGUGGUAGUGGUGUGUGUGCUUUCCCUGCUCCUGUGUGGCCGCUCCAUCCUCAGGGGAGUCCUCCUGCAGAGAGAGUUUGUCCAGUUCUUCAAGAACAACCUGGGCCGCAGCGUGUGCUGGAGCGACAGGAUGGAGUUCAUCAACGGCUGGUACAUCCUGCUCAUCAUCAGCGAUAUGUUCACCAUCACCGGCAGCUUCAUCAAGAUCGGCAUCGAGUCCAAGAACUCGUCCUCCUAUGAUGUGUGUGGCAUUCUCCUGGGCACCUCCACCCUCCUGGUGUGGGUUGGAGUCAUACGCUACCUCAGCUUUUUCCAGAAGUACAACAUCCUGAUCGUGACCCUCCGUGCCGCAUUCCCCAACGUGAUCCGCUUCUGUUGCUGUGUGGCGGUCAUUUAUCUGGGGUACUGCUUCUGCGGCUGGAUCGUGCUGGGCCCCUACCACGUUAAGUUCCGCUCCCUGUCCAUGGUGUCGGAGUGCCUGUUCUCCCUCAUCAACGGCGACGACAUGUUCGUGACCUUCGCGGAGAUGCAGGACAGCAGCACGCUGGUGUGGGUCUUCAGCCAGGUCUACCUCUACACCUUCAUCUCCCUCUUCAUCUACAUGGUGCUGUCUCUGUUCAUCGCGCUCAUCACCGGCGCCUACGAGGCCAUCAAGCAACAAACCCAGGAGCCGCUACACAUCACAGACUUGCACGCCUUCAUCGCCGAGUGCACCGACACGCCCAGUUCUGGAAAGUUCCGUGGCUUGGAGACCUCGCCCUGCUCGUUCUUCUGCUGCUGUGACAGAACCACAACAUACGAAGAUGUCUUGCUGGUGAACUGACCAUGCAUGUGGAGCUGGUGCCCUCUACUGGUCAUAGCACAAUACUGCAUCCUGAUUCAUGUUGGUACCACAAGCUAUGGUAUAGUUGCACAGACACACACGCACGUACAUAUUCCCUCAUCCUUAAAACUUGACUGAUAUGAUGUGGGUGCUGAGUGACUGGACGGUAAUUUCACUGAAGUUGGGUUCCUUUGAUGUGGAAUCAGAGUUGUAGAGUGGCCUUACGUAGUGUCAUAGAAUCCUCGUACCCUCACAUGCUACCCGUUGCUCUCAGUGUCACAGAGAUAACAGUAUUUUUCAGAACAAAAGUCGAGUCUAGGAAGUGCCAAAGGCCAAAAGAACAGCAAGGGAUGAACAACAGAGUAUAUGUAAAGCAUCUGGGGUGAAGUGAGAUGUAACAGGCUGGUGGGCUAAGGAUUAGAUUUUUUUAAAUUAGCAUUUUUAAUUAGUUUUUUAAUUUUCUUUUUGUAUGGGUCUGAUACAAAGAGCCGUUCUUAAUGUCUACUAUUUACAGCAUACAGUAAAACAGAAAACUCUGUCCCCUACCAUAGGAAAGUUUCUUUUUUUUCCUUAG